AUUACGAUUGUUAAUCAAAACCAGUGGAAUGGUAAUCGGUGAUGAAGGCUUAGAUGGACCAGUAGCACAAGUUGUUUUUAUGAAUAAUGACAUCACCAAAAAAUAUCAACAAGAACUGGAAAACUUCAUAGUGGGACUUACAUUUAAUCCACCAAGGAGAGAAGGAGCCAGUUUUGAUAAGACACAGCCGCAUCCACAGACUUCUGCCAUUGUGCUCGAGGAAGACCGCAAAACGUUGAAAUCAUCUGACAUCAAGAGACGAUCAGCAUUUACAGCGGUGGGGAACGUGCAGUAUUAUAAAAAUUUCUGUAUUGAUCAGCUUGGUAAACCUCUGAUUGACUGGAAUCCACAGCUUACUGAAGGUUGGGAGAUACCUACUUAUUCACAGGUGUUUACAGAUGCCCUUCCAUUUGAUGAUGAUGGUUCAAAACCUAAAAAGAGAUCAAGGCCGAAAGCCACAUGCUGGAAUUGUGACAGUGAAUCUCACUCCCUCAGGGAGUGUACUCAGCCUCGUGAUCUUGUUAAAAUCAACCAAAAUCGACAAGUUUUCAUGGACAGCAUGGGUACAUCACCAAGGUCAGGGCGUUAUCACAAGGAUGAUGAGGCAAAAGAAAGGUUGUCCAAGUUUAAACCAGGUGUUUUUAGUGAUACAUUGAGAGAAGCUUUAAAUAUCACUCAAAAUCAACUUCCUCCAUUUAUAUACCAAAUGAGAAUCUAUGGCUAUCCUCCAGGAUAUCUUAAAGAAGCUGAAAUAGAAACAUCUGGACUUACAAUGUACAACCAUGAAGGGAAAGCUACUGGAGAGGAUGGUGAGGCUUUGGAAACUGGAGAACUGCAUGGUGAAAAGAAAAGUUUGUAUAACCCUGAGAAAAUCAUAGAGUAUCCUGGAUUUAAUGUGAACCCAGAUCCAGACGUUGUGGAUGAGCACAGACAGUUCAACAUGCCUGCCAUGCAAUUACAUCAGAGUAAAGAAGUCUUCAAGCUUUAUUUGAGUCCAGCAAGCGAACAAGCCAGGAAAAGACACAGAUCUGAUGAUGAAAGAACUCAACCGAGAAAGAAACAAAGAAUUGAAGCAGAUCGCCAAGUAGCUGAGAUGGACAUUUCACUUACCGCAACAUCUAGUGAUGAAGAAAUGGACAAUGGUCUUGUUUUUAAACCACCUCUUCCUCCAGACUUUGCUGCAGCAACCCCUCCACCUUUACCGUCUGACACCCCUCCAAGUACCCCAGGAAACACACCCCGUCAUAUGCAGUCAAACACUUCAGAUAGCGAGAACAGUGCAAGUAACUCGCGAUGUACUACUCCUGAGCUAGAUGAACUUGAAGAGAAGCAGAGACUACUAUUGGCCGCUUUAGAAGAGGCAGAAGGCACCAGUACGGAUACUGGUGGUCUAGAUACCAUGAAUGAAGAUGAUGAGAACAAUAUCAUUAAAGAUGGGGACACAGUUGUCAUUGGAGAUGAAGAAUUUAUUACGACUGAUAGCUAUACUGAUAACUCUGAUAAUGAAACCGUUAGUUCCACAAUCAAUGAGGAAAUGUCUUCAAAUGGCAGGACUGCUGAGUGUGAAAACAAUGAUAGUACAUCUGAAAAAGGAAUCAAUAUGUCUGUAUCAAUGUUGGAUGAGCAGACAAGUAAUAAACAAGACAGUACAGAAAGUGACCAAGACAUAAACAAUGGAACCAACUCACACUCAAAGACGCCAAGUCAUUCAGAUUCCGAGUCUAAAAAUGGGAUUCAAAAAAGCCUGAAGGGUAUCCCUGAUGCCAGCAAGUUUGCAUCUGGGAUAUCCCCUUAUCGCGCACAUGAUAAUGAAACUCAGUCAACAGGAGUGUUUAAAAAAAUACGUGGAAUCAUUAAGAAGAUCCAGAAAAAGGGAAAGUAACCUCUAGAUGUUUUUUUUUUACAUUGCUGCAAAAUUAAUUUCUUUGAUUGACAAUAGAGGGUGCUGUUCUGAUGUGUUUGAGUGUGCUCAAAUCUACCAUGGACCAAUGACACAAAGCAAAGCCAUGCACAUAUUUCUCAUAUGGCUCUGCAUGGAUGUAAAAAUGGAAUCAUUGUUUAAUUAAUACAUGCUAACACCUCCAAAAUUUGCCAUGCCAUUGCCAAUUAUUCCCUUGGUGCAUGUUAAACCAAGAAGUCAACAAAGAAAAGUGGUUCAAGGAAGGCAGUUUGGAAAGCAACUCAAUCGCUUUCAUAUUCGAUAUUAUGGAAAUUACAUCAUACUUUUUCAUUAAUCUGAGACACUGCGGAUUUACUUUCAGUGGACUGCGAGAAAUCAAAUUCAAAUACCCACGUUAAGGUAAGAUGACUUGACAAUUUUAAGUCAUUUUAUAGCGGUUCAGUGACUUAUCGUUCAAGAUUGUGAUUCGCAUAUUGCCACUUAUACAACUCUUUCUGUUGCACACUAUCAAAUUCAAAUUUGUCUAAUGUAGUAAAAACCUUUUUUUUACAAUAUUUUGAUGGAUUGUAAUGUCUUAAUACAUGUUGUCUUUGUAAAUUUCAUUCAGUGCACAAUGGAUAAAAUGAAUUGGAGCUCAAAAAAACCUAAGGGUCUAAAUCAUUUAUGCAAUUGAACAUAUUUUAGUGUUUUUAAUAGUUUCUAGAAUUGGCAACA